AUGCUAAAGAAACUCAUCAAGAAGAAUCAAGAACUUGAACUCGAUCUUCUGAUGCAUCAAAUGCAUCAAUGUCGUCAUAUUUCCCAACUCACCAAUGGGGAACUGCUCGCAUUAUUCUGGAUGGUCAGAGAGAGGAUAAGAGAUUGCCGAAAACGAAUCGAGUAUCAUCAACAGGUUCAACGUCUUCCUUCUACUCCUACUGAAUUUGUUCCUUCUAACUCUCAUUUGCUUGAUAUAGGGAGCAAUGAGAUGGAUCUAGUUGAUAAUGGAAGGAAUUUGAUGGAUCAAUGGUUUAUUGAUAUGGUGAUGAAUUCGAAUAAUAAAAUUGGGGGAAGUAGUAGCAAUAUGGCACGGGAGUUAGGGUUUGUUCAAUAA